CUUGGUAUGCCUCAUAGAUUAUUUCAGUUCUGCCAUUCAGUUCAGUCAAUCUGAUCCAUUAUUACAAGCAGUCUGGCAGUCCUGUAUUUUGCCCUAAAGACUCCAGGUCACUUCAACAAGUUGUUUUGUGAAGGCAUGCUAUUCCAGAAUUAACAAAUGACCAUUACACUCACGGGCCUCUCUCUCGCUGACAUAAAACAUAGCUGUAAAAUAUUAUUAGAAAUCACGUGUGCCGAGAUAAUGGCUGCCUGAAAAUUGCUACUGCUGACUGUGUGGCUGAGGGUCUGUUCUUCACUGCAGUGAGCCUGUGGUAACCCAUCAGAGGCUACAAUUAGAGCUCUGCAGUUUGUGUCUUCCAUCAUAUCCGAGACUGACGCAACAACCCUUUUUUCAUAACAUAAGACUUGUAUUCUCAUACAGGGUUUAAUGUGUUGGGGUUGAGAGAGCGUAGAUGAGAAGAUGUUCUCCAAAAUCAUGUUGCUAGCUGAGCCAACAGUAUUUCACUCUUUGUUAACAAAGGUUACUAUUGUAAUCAUGUGGCGGUGAUGUAGGAUGUUGACAGGACCUGUUGAUCAUAAAUCACAGUGCUUUUCAACGUAUUUUAGAAAUGAUGCUGUUAAAGAGGAAUACACAUCACGAGAGGCCAAAGAUCAACUGACAACGAAGAGCUCUCCCUUGUGAUCGUGCCAUGUUAUUGCAGCUUUCCACGCGUCUUGGUCACAACAAUAUAGAACAAACACCCCUGUCUCUCUCUCUUACCACCCCCUCCCCCGGCAUCAGAUGUUAGCUGUUUAUUUGUUUGUGUUUGUUCAACUGAGAAUUUGACCAAGGUUUCGUAAGGGCUCAGAGACAGGAGAGGGGGCAAUUCCACCGAUUUAAAUGGAGGAGGCAUGUCUUCCUCCAGCUGUGAAGAACUGGCACCAUAUGUUUACUGUUUCUUCUCGUAAAGAGUUAAAGAACACUUGAGGAAAGAUUUUUCAUUCAGUACGUCACCCAAAGGGCGUGAUACAUCCAUGACGGCAGUAAAAACUGUUGCUGAGCUACGUUGAAAAUAGAAUUAGGCUAGCCUACUUAGUGCAAAAAAAGAAAAACUCAUAACACCAGCGUUAUGCUAUUUCAUAAAAUAGCAUCCAUACAAACAGUUUUUGUUCAAUUCGAAAGUCUUUUCUGUGGUGUUCUGCGAAGCCUGUCGAGUUGGUUCCUUCGAUCUCGCCCUAGAUGUUUUCCUAGUUCCCAAAAUCUGUCACCAUUCCAAAGCGCCGCGUCUUCGUAGAGCGACAGUCAAGAGUGAGCGCAGUAAUAUAUAAAAGGGGGUGUGUUAGGGCGAGCUACAGAGAAACGCAAGGCUGGUGCUACAAAUGUAGAGCGAGAGAGGGGAGAGAGAUUUUCUCUCACACACUCGUGUUGAAUACCGCAGCGACAAUGAAUACAUAAAUACCGUAAUAGUGAAAAUCUGAGACAGACGGACAAACGGGUUGGCCAGUCGUCUCUCCUUACCCAAGAAAUUGCCUACGCAUGUGAGUUCAAGGCGUCAGAUCACACGAAGAGCAGCCGCAUGAUCGUUUUCAUAAUGCGGGCGUGAGUAGGCUACUGUAACAUACUCUGGUGGUGCACGGUGAAAGAGGGGAGGAGUGCGGAGGGGCAGUUAUCGGUUUCCCCGCCAGACAAACGGAGGAGAGAGGGGAGGCAACGAGACGCCUAGCAUGUCGAAUCGAAAACACCGGGACAACCAAGAGAUAUGCGCCCGCAGGGUGAGGGAGCUUGCCCAGGCAGCAGUCAACAAACACUGCUUCGAGUGCGGACAGCCUGGAGUGACAUACAUCAAUAUCACUGUAGGCUGCUUCGUGUGUACGUCGUGCUCCGGAAUGUUGCGUCCUGUAAAUUGUGUUACGUGUCAUUUCGUCAUGGCCUCAGAAGAGGACUCAACCCUCCCCACAGAGUCAAGUCCAUCUCCAUGACAACCUUCUCCCAACAGGAAGUGGAAUUUCUCCAAAACCAUGGCAACGAAGUUGGGAAGAGGACUUGGCUUUGCAUCUUCGACCCAAAAACAGAUGGAUGCUUUGAUGCUCGAGACUCCCAGAAAUUGAAGGAAUUUCUUCAGGACAAAUAUGAGAGGAAGAAAUGGCAUUUUUCAAAGAGCAAGAACCGGCGGGAAAUAGACGGACCCUUCAGCCCUGGGCUGCAGAACCUGCCCUUAUCCCACGCAGGACCCAUCCAGAACCAGCCUCCCGCCCACGCCAUGCCCGCCCACGCCAUGCCCGCCCACGCCAUGCCCCACACGGCCAGACCCACCCGCCAGCUGUCCCAGUCUCAGAUGUCCACCUGGGAGAGACCGCCUAUGGUGUCCCCCACGGACAUCCGCAAUGACGUCUUCACCGCCAGGCCCACACGCUCCCAAAGCUUCAGAGACCCCACGAUCAAAGAUACUAUGUUGACUGGAGUGGAAAGACAGAGGCCUGGGUCAUUAUCCUCGGGUUUGGGAGGCCAUCAUCACCAGACAUCCUUCCCUGCCCUCCCCCGUCCGUCAGCCAGUAGCACUUUUAAAAACAACUUCACCCUAGGUCGUACACUCUCUGCCCACGGAGGCGGAGCUCCAUUCAGGGUGUUCCCUAAGUCCCUCAGCGUGGAUUUUGGGGGUCUGGGUCAGCAACACUCCACCCUCAGCACCGCCCCUCCCAAACAGCCCCUGUCAUCCCAGGACAGGUAUGCCCCCCUGUCGCAGCUCAACAGUGUGUUCUCUGAAAACACACCUGCCAGCGCAGCCCCCUCUACUGGUCCAUCACAGUACAGCACCUUAUUUGGCAACAGAGUGUCAUCGAGCUCCACUCCUCCAGCAAGUUCUCCUGGUGUGGCAGAUCCAGGCACCCAAACUUUUGCAAAUUUUCCCAAUCCGUUCAACUCCACCUCCACUUCUCAGCCCGCCCUGUCUCCCAGCAACCCUUUCAAGUGUGUCACAUCAGAUGAUUCCAGUGCAUUUGUCUCCACCCCUUCGUCCAUUUUCCCCCAAUCAGCUUCCUUCCCAGCGUCCACCACUACCCACAAUGCAUUUCCACUUGAGCAAGCCAACAAGCAGGAAACUAAUGGUUUUACGUUGUUCCCUGCGCCUGAAGCUGCGCCCAAAGUUCCACGCCCAAUGUCGGUAAAUCCAUUCACUGGGACUGUUUACCCCAGCAAAGGAACGUCACGCAACCCUUUCAUCUGAUCCUGGGCCCCCUCCAACGCAGGGAGAGAGAGAGA